CAUUUUUGCAUUGUUGUUGGCAACGCGAAAAUUUAAUAAAUAGAUGUUGCCAUCUAAGAAAUGGAAAAAUGUAGAUGUAAUAGAAACUUUUAUUGUUUUGUUUGAUUUGAGCAUAUUUUACAUUAAACUUAACUAAUAACAUUCCUGCAAUAAAGCAUAUAGUUAUUACAACAAACCAUUUGCUUUCAGAUUAUAUUAAAUUUAACUCUCUGACACAAUUUAAAACUUUUACUUCAACAUCACGUGAAACUUCAAUCAUGUGAAAACUUGUACAGAUGGCAGCUCAAAAUUGAAGCUGGAGAAAGUUUGACGCAUAAUUUGACGUUUGUCACGGCUGUAAACCCGGAAAAAUAGGUAUUAUGACUACGGAGGACUUCUAUUUACGUUACUAUGUUGGACAUAAAGGCAAGUUUGGUCAUGAGUUUCUGGAGUUCGAAUUUCGACCAGAUGGUAAACUGCGCUACGCCAACAACUCUAAUUACAAAAACGACACAAUGAUCCGUAAGGAAGCGUUCGUUCAUCAAUCGGUGAUGGAAGAGCUAAAGAGAAUCAUUUUGGAUUCAGAAAUUAUGGCUGAAGACGAUUCACCCUGGCCACCACCGGAUCGCGUGGGGAGACAGGAGCUGGAAAUUGUCAUAGGCGAUGAACAUAUCUCUUUUACAACAUCGAAAACAGGGUCUUUAGUCGAUGUGAAUCGGUCAAAAGAUCCCGAGGGUCUCCGUUGUUUCUACUACUUAGUGCAGGAUUUAAAGUGUUUGGUGUUCUCACUCAUUGGACUGCACUUCAAAAUUAAACCAAUAUAAUAGUAAAAUUUUGUAGCUUUAAUACUGACAUACAUAUGUAUAUUUAAUUUCCAUUUUGUAUUCGCAAAACUAUGUUUUAUCUCAAUUAAAAUGUAAACAUACAUACAAACUUGGUAUUAAUGAUUUUAAUACAAA